AUGAUAUAUGAUGCAAAGCAAAUAUAUGAUGAAGGAACACCAGCAGAUGUAAUUAUAAAUUUAGAACUUUUAAGAUGGAUUUUCGAUAUUAUUUAUUUCCUUCUGGUUUCUUUCGUAUCUUUCAGAUUUUUUUUUCGGCAAAAAAUUCCCAAAAAAGCUUCAUUCUGCAUUAUAUUAGUUUCUAUUAUGCAAGUCAUCUUUGAAUAUGCUUUAUAUUGCACCCCUAAAGGUGCCGAUUCAAUUUUUUUCUUCAUUUUAAUUUUAACCCGUACUAUUUCAUCAUUCUUUUCAAAUGAUAAUUUUAAAGAUAUUAGAGUUAAAGAUAUUGAACACUAUGGAAUUAAAAAUCGCGAAGAAGAAAAUAAUUAUAAAUUUGUUUUUUUACGGAUUCUUCAAGACAAAAUUUAUGACUACUUGGGUCAUCAAAGACUUUAUAUACAGGUGAAUGAUAACGAUGAAACAACGAAAAAAUAUAUUGAAAAUAUUAAACAAUUUUAUCGAAACCAGGAGUACAUAUGUGUCACAGAUGUCUACAAGCAAUUGACUGAAAAACUUGGUGGAAGAAAAAAAAGAUGCUAUUACCAAAGAUUUAUCAAAUGUAUUAACAAAGUUAUAAAAACUGAUUAUGGUACGAAAUUUGAGGAUAAAGACUAUGAAUGUUAUCUGUGUAGAAUCAUAAAAAGUCAUACUAGAAUUAACAUUGACACAACAGAAAAUCAUUUUAUACAAAUUAAAACAAUUAAUGGAACCCAAAUUACGGAAGAUUAUACCGACUACAAAAAUACUUUUGAAGAAAUUAUUUCUGAAAAAUUUAAAAAUCCAGUUGGUAUAACACGCAUAUUUGGUAGAUAUUACGAUAUUGUUGAUAAUGAAUUUAAAAUACCAGGAGCAAAAAUUAUAUCUAAAUAUCUUUCUGAAAACAAUGUAAGAAUUUAUGCAAAUGUUCUUGAAAUGGACAAUAAUAUAGAAUAUGAAGAAUGUGAAAAAUUAGAAACCAUACUCAAUAAAACCAUUCUCAAUAAUACUAAGACGCCAUCAACAAAUGAGUAUUAA